AUGGUAGAUGAUGGCAAAACAAAUACAACGAUCUCAAGGGAUUCGAGUACCAAAAAUGGCACAACAAAUUUGCCAAAACUUAUAAUUGCGGACAAUAACAAAAAACAACCUGCGAAAUCGAUGCAACCCGCCAAGAAGGCGAAAAAGAAGAGACGUGAUCACAGUGAUUUGGGUGAAAAUUUUGUGGCGCCCGAUGGCGGUUGGGGUUGGCUGGUGGCCAUUGCCAGCGGUGUCAAUAUUUUGGUGACAUUUGCUAUGGCACAACAGUUUGGCAUUAUAUUUCGUGCUCAUAUGGCAGAUUUGGGAAUAUCAAGUUCUCAGUUAACAACAAUUAUCAAUACACAGGUCGCUGUAUCAGCUAUGACAGGCUUACUUAAUGGUCCAAUAUUUCGUAGAUUUUCAUAUCGGCAAGUGGCGUUGGUGGGGUCUUUUCUGACCUUCAUAGGUUUAUUUGCUUGUGUCUUUGCAGAAUCCUUUGUUUUUUAUGUGUUGUCUUUCUCUUGCUGCUAUGGAUUCGGAAGAGGCUUAACCGUAUCUGCUUCAUCACUCGCCGUUAAUACGUUCUUUAAGGAGAGAAGACGCACAGCCACUGCCUAUCAGUUCGGUGUGGCUGGCUUAGGUCCAAUUGUUCUUCCCUACGUGGCAACCUUCCUUUUGGGCAUGGUUGGUGUCCGUUAUACGGUUCUGUUCUUUGCUGGCUUGUCACUGAAUACAAUUGCCUGUUCGUUGGUAUACCAACCAGUCUUGUGGCAUGUCAAGAAACCUGCCGAAGAUGCGGAGGCGUCAAAGAAGCUAAACGCAAACAAUAAUAAUGAUGAGGAUGAUCAUAUUAUUGCCCAGCCUGUCGAACCGGACACUCCAACCUUGCCACGUGCUAAUGAUGGAUGGUUUGGAUCGAAAUCUUCUUUAAAUUCGACCUCAUAUCGCAAUCGAUUGGGUUCAAUGGAUAAGAAGCAGCAGAGUGAUGAGCAAGGUGUUGAAUUGAAACGCUUGAAUAGCAAUCACAGCGAUGUUGCUGCCAAGGUGCGAAGUUUUUCCAUAAGCCACAGCAUUAAAGAGGAAAAGGAUGGCGAAGAGAACGAAGAUAAUGAACAAAAAACACAAUUGAAAGAAUACAAUAACAAUAAUAACACACUGAAAAAGACUGACGACGAUGAGGACGACGAAGAACCGCCCAAAAAACUAUCAAUUCUUAUGAAAAUUGUGAUCUUUUUCGAUUUGGAUUUACUUCGUGACAUUACAUACUUGAAUUUGGCCAUGGGCUUGACCCUCAUCAAUUUUGUCGAAAUCAACUUUGCCAUCUUAACGCCAUUCAUUCUGUCCGACUUCGGAUUUGCCAGUCAUCAGAUUGCAUUGGCCAUGUCAUUGUUGGGAUUGUGUGAUUUGGUUGUGCGAUUCCUGGUGCCCCUCAUAACAGCAAAAAUUAACCUGGACAACAAGACAUUCUUCGCCAUUGGCAUCUUGGGCAUGUGCCUGGGUCGCCUGCUGCUGUCGUUCACCACAAACUUCUAUUUCAUGAUUGCCAUUUUUGCAUGGAUGGGUCUGAACAAGGCGUUCCGUACAGUAUUCUGGUCACUUAUCAUUCCAGGCUAUGUACCCUUGAAGAGAUUGCCGGCAGCUGCUGGGUUGCAAUUACUCUUAUCUGGGGUAUUUUCAAUGGCUUGUGGUCCUCUGAUCGGUCUGAUUCGUGAUCGAACCAGUUAUGCAUUUACGCUAAACUUCCUCAACAUGUUGUGUGUUGUGGCCAUUGGCCUUUGGGUACUGGAAUCAGUAAUACGAAAAUACAAGGGCAAAGCAAAACCAUUGACCGAUGGUCCCUAA